UCAUAAUUUCCAAAUGACUUUGAAGGGGAAUAUUUCAGAGGUGACUGAAUUUAUUCUGGUAGGUUUAACAGAUGCCGUAGAGCUGCAGGCCCCUUUAUUUAUCAUCUUCACUGUCAUGUACUUCAUCACUCUGGUUGGCAACCUGGGGAUGAUCAUGUUGACCCUGCUGGACGCUCGACUCCACACACCCAUGUACUUUCUCCUCUGCAACCUCUCCCUGGUGGACUGCAUUUAUGCCUCCGCUGUCUCUCCCAAGGUAAUGCUGGGGUUUCUCCCAGGAGAUAAGAUCAUAUCUUACAAUGCAUGUGCUGCCCAGAUGUUUUUCUUCGCAGCUUUUGCCACUACUGAAAGUUUCCUGCUGGCCUCCAUGGCCUACGACCGCUAUGCAGCAGUGUGCAAGCCCCUGCACUACGCCUCCACCAUGACCACUGUGGCGUGCGUCCUGCUCACCUCCAGCUCCUAUGCCAGUGGACUCCUGCAGUCUUCCCUCCACGUGGCCUUCACUUUCCACCUCUCCUUCUGUCAUUCCAACGUGGUUAACCACUUUUUCUGUGACAUUCCCCCACUGCUGGCUCUCUCUUGCUCUGAUAUCUACACAAAUGAGAUUGUGCUCUUCACGCUGGCAGCAUUCAAUGUGUUUUUCACUCUCUUGGUUAUCUUGAACUCUUAUCUGUUUAUUUUUGUUACUAUCCUGAGAAUGAACUCAACUGAGGGACGGAAGAAGGCCUUCUCCACCUGUUCCUCCCACCUCACCACAGUCUCCAUCUUCUACGGGACGGUCAUCUUCAUGUACCUGCAGCCCAGCUCCAGUCACUCCAUGGACACAGACAAGAUGGCGUCCGUGUUCUACAGCAUGGUGAUCCCCAUGCUGAAUCCACUGGUCUACAGCCUGAGGAACAAGGAGAUCAAGAGUGCAUUCAAGAAGGUUGCUGGAAAAGUGAAGUCUUCACUAGGCUUAGUCUAUUAA